UUUUGAUCAUUGAUGAUCAAGAGUCUUUAUUUUUUUUUGCCGGCAAUAACUCCCUUGGUGUGGUCUUUUGAUACAGGCACACUCAGUUUUUAUAACAUUCCUACUUGGCUUGAUCAGGACCAGGCUGCAUCAGGUGGUGGUGGUGGACGAACGGACUUCGGAUUUCUUUCUACGGCAGCCGAGGUCAGCUGUGGGUCUAUUUGCUUGAUUAUUCUACCACAUGGAGCUCUUAUGUAUAGUUGAGCUGCAGGUCUGUAUGUAAUAAACCUGUUUACAGGUCCAUCAGAUCUUUCAGAGUCUUGUAGCAACAAAUCAGACAGUACUUCUUUGCACCUGUUAUCAUGUCUGCCCUCAUCCCUUUUUCCCAAGCCAUCAAGGUGGAGAGACUCGACUCUCACACAUACAAAACUAACCUGCUGGACUCCUAUUGCAUUGGGACUGUCCCCAAUGGCGGGUAUUCCGCAUCUUGCCUGUUGGAGGCAGCCCGUUUGCAUUUGGCAUCAAAACACCAAAAAGAUGCCAUGACGUCGCAUUUUCAAUUUCUCAAUCGAACCGAAGUUGGCCCUGCUAUCAUCAUCAUCUCGGAAACCAAGCCAGGAAGACAGUUCUCGAUGCUUCAUCUGACACUCUACCAACGAGGACUACUUGACCAAGCGCCCUGGAUUACCAAGGGAACGUCCCGGGCCGAGAUCACGGCCUAUCUGACCAUGACGGAUCUCUCCAGAGAGCAAGGACUCACACUGCCCACUGUGUGGUCAUUGCCGUCCAAGACUGCCUCACCAGACUUUUCCCUGUUGAAAUCAAAGAGACAGGAUGACAACUGGCGGGAGCUCGACCUUGGAUCUUCCGGAGCGUUUGGCACAUACGCACGGGUUUUGGACAACUGCCAUUUUUACUUUCCAAAGCGGGGACAGGAGCACCCGAGUGUAAUCGACCUGUGGAUGCGAUUCAAGAUCCCGUCAGAGGGGUUCACAAACUCUUCCCUCGGGCUCGUCAGUGAUGCUUUCCCCUACGUCGUCGAAGCGUUUCGGCCCCCUCCAGGCGGCGAAACAGAUAAGCCAUUCAAAGCGACCGAGAUGUUCUGGUAUCCGACGAUCGUGAUGAGUCUGGAACUGAAACGUUCGCUGCCCGAGGAAAAGGGGGUUGAGUGGCUCAGGUUGAGGAUGCAAAGCAAAGAGAUCAGAAACGGAAGACUGGACCUGGAAGUGGUGAUUACGGACGAAAAGGGGGAGUUGAUCGGGGUCAGCAACCAGGUCAAUUUGAUCCUGGGCAGCGAAAGAAACACCGGAGGCCGGGAGAUUGGGAAGAUCUGA